CCAAAGAAUUCUGAACUUGGGCAAUUCAGGUGGUGGUUUACUGCCCCACUCUACUGCUGUCCACUAGCAACAGCAGCUGGGAGUGGAGAAAUACCAGGUGGUUGCACAGUUUCAGCCGAGUCUUUGCAUUAUCUCUUGAGUGAAAUCGAUGACAAGUUUUCUUUUAAGUGCUUGCAAAAUAAACCGUCAACCGUAGGAGAGCCAGGAAACAGCCUGCUUCAGGGACUGAACCUGAAAGGGGAGGGGGGGUUUCUGCACAGAGCUUUGACGCAAGAAAAAUAAAAGCUAUCCACUCCCACUUCUUUAUAAAGGGGGGGAGGGGGGCAUAAGUCUAAUAUUGCCUUACAAUUCUCAGGAGAGACAAAGUUGGAACAGAGGCUUCCCCUGGGUGCAAUUUCAGUCUCCAGAAGAGACCCCCCCCACACACACACCAUAUUCAGGAAGAAAGCUUUUCCGCAACAUGAGAUUCACCCACUUCCUUUUCAUUGUGGGUUUGCUUCAUGUGACGCCCUUCUUCUGCCAUAGCCAGAUGGACCCCAUGGCUCUUGGCCGAGCUGAUCCCAAAUGCUGGGAAUCCUCCACGGCCGUCUUGCUGGAGAUGAGGAAGCCGCCUGUUUCUGACUCUGUCAGUGGCUUUUGGGACUUUAUGAUCUUCCUGAAGUCGUCUGAGGACUUGAAGCACGGGGCUUUGUUUUGGCACCUGGCCCAGCUCUUCUGGGAUAUCUACAUGGACUGCGUACUCUCCAGAACCCACGGCUUAGGGAAAAGGCAGUUGGCUGAAGCCCAGAGACAAACUGCAGCUCUCCCGUCUUGGCUCAUCUUGAGUAAGCAAGGCAUCUUUUCACAAAUUCAGAUGACUCCUCUAUGGAAAAAGAAAGAACUGAAAGAAAACUUAAUAAGAAUCCAUGUGCACAAGAGCAGGUUUGCUUCACACAGAAGAAUUACUGGACAUUUAACAAUGAAGGCGAAACUCUUCUAGAGUUGUACAGUUGAGUUCUUCAUCCGUCCCUCUUUUCUCCCUUUAAACAAAUACUGUUACCGUUUCGGUUUUUGCCUCUAAUUGCAUUUGAAGUUGUUUCUUGUGGAAAAAGACUGCCUGCACACUAGAAGUACAAUCUAGCAAAAGUGCGUUGUAAAUUUACAUCCCAUUAAAAUGAUUAGGAGUUCUUUGCAACUAACUCCCAUUUCAUUCAUUUCAAUGGUACUUGGUUGAAGCUAACUUUUCCCGAACAAUGUUUUCUUUGUUAAACUGGAGGUUGGUGCUUGAUUUUAUUUUGAUUUACCGUAGUUUUCGCUCUAUAGGACGCACUUUUCCCCCUUCAAAAAUUAUGGGGAAAUGUGUGUGCGUCCUAUGGAGCUAAUGCAGGCUCCUUGGCUUCAGCGAUAGCAAUGUGAAGCCUC